UGUUUUCUUGCAAGGAGAAAACAGACUGAUACCAGGUUCUUGGUUCUUGUUAUUGGCAUGUGCCUUCACACCAAGCUGGAAUUUUCAGAGUUCAGCUGCCUUUUAAAGAUAUUGGCUAGAAAGGCUGCACAGAUUGGUCUCAAUCUGAUUCACUGGUUCAAGAAGGCAUCACAUGUACUUAUGGGCUGCCUUUGCUCCAAAGGCACCAAAGAUCAUGCUGAUGCCACUUCCGAAAAGACAGAAGCGUCAAGAAAAGAUGACUCUAAGACUGCAUCAGGUACAAACGAUGGUAGCAAAGUCAUGCCAGAUGUUGAAGAGAAGGUGGUUGUAGGUUUUGAUGCUAGGAUAAGCAGUAGUAACAUUGCAGAUUUGAAAGGGAUCUCAGGUGAGCAUGUUGUUGCUGGGUGGCCAGCUUGGCUUACAAAUGUUGCACCUAAAGCAGUAGAAGGCUGGUUGCCGCGCCGGGCCGAUUCAUUUGAGAAAUUAGACAAGAUUGGACAAGGAACUUACAGUAUUGUGUAUAAAGCUCGAGAUCUUGAAACAGGGAAGAUUGUUGCACUCAAAAAGGUGAGGUUCAUCAACAUGGAUCCUGAAAGUGUUCGCUUUAUGGCUAGAGAAAUCCAUAUUCUUCGGAGACUGGAUCAUCCAAAUAUCAUAAAGCUUGAAGGAAUUGUAACAUCCCGUGUAUCACAAACCCUGUAUCUUGUUUUUGAAUACAUGGAACAUGACCUUUCUGGUCUUAUUGCAAGUCCAGGCCUGAAACUCACCGAGCCACAGAUAAAAUGCUUCGUUCAACAGCUGCUUCAUGGCCUUGGUCACUGCCACAAAAAUGGAGUUCUGCAUCGAGACAUCAAAGGCUCGAACCUCUUGAUUGACAGCAACGGAGUACUGAAGAUUGCAGAUUUUGGCCUGGCAAUAUCGUAUGACCCCGACAACCCGCAACCACUAACUAGCCGAGUUGUGACAUUGUGGUACAGACCACCAGAGCUUUUACUUGGUGCCACAGAGUAUGGUGUUGCUGUAGAUAUGUGGAGCACAGGGUGUAUUGUGGCAGAACUCUUUUCUGGCAAACCAAUCAUGCCAGGAAGAACCGAGGUGGAGCAAAUUCACAAGAUCUUUAAACUUUGUGGGUCGCCAAUGGAUGACUAUUGCAAGAAAUCAAAGGUGCCAGAAACAGCAAUGUUCAAGCCUCAGCAGCAAUAUAGGCGGUGUGUUGCUGAGACUUUCAAAGUUUUUCCUCCUUCCGCUGUAGUUCUCAUAGACUCCUUGCUUUCAUUAGAACCAGAAGUUCGUGGAACAGCUUCCUCAGCUCUUCAGAGUGAUUUUCUUACAACAGAGCCGUUUGCCUGCGACCCUUCAGACCUACCAAAACUUCCAGCAAGCAAAGAAUAUGAUGUUAGACUCAGGCAAGAGGAAGCUAAGAGGCAAAGAAAGACAGCUUUAGGUGGACGUGGAACUGAAUCUUUCAAACCAGGAAAUGAGAAUCAUGUAACCAGUCGUGCUGUAAAUUGUGCUGCCGAGUCAAAGGAAAACGCACAUACCAGUUCAAAGAGCAACAGUAUGAAGUUCAACCCAGAGGACAGUGUGCCUGGGUUCCGGGUGGAGCCACGUCCGUUGCCAACCACGGUGCAGGUUCCUGAAUUUGGCUCAACACGGAACAUGGGAGAUUACAACGAUGGCACGACGGUGCCUGGUCGUGCCUGCAGUUCUGUACAUGUCGCAAAUACAUCUACCUCAAGGGAAAAGGCAUCAUCACAUUCACAUAUACCACAGUUUGGUGCGACAGACCUCACGAAUGCAGCUGAGGUUACCAAUCAGAAUCAGCCACCUGAUAUACCUACAUCAUCUCACAAGAACCCCCCAGAGAACCAUGGAAGGAAGUUCAGAAGGAUCCACCACUCAGGGCCAUUGGUGCCGCCAGGAGGGAACAUCGAGGACAUGCUCAAGGAGCACGAGAGGCACAUCCAAGAGGCGGUGCGAAAGGCACGCCUCAGGCAAGGUGCAGGUAGCCAGGUAAACAUGGAGUAGCUGAAAGGUCCUUAG